AGAAAUGGGAGAUGCAGUUUUCUGCACUUCUCGUGUUGACAACUACUGGUCGAAGUGCAAUCGACAGAACUGCCGAUAUCCUAACCCGCAACGACAUAAUCCAGGGUUGGAACCAAAGUUGCUCAUGUUGCUGACACUUGCUUCGCUCCUGGAGUGUAUAGUCUUUGAGACGCAAGAGCCCAGACAUACAUAAUUGACAGAUGCACUGGCAAAGUGGGCGUCGUAGCUGUGUGAGUCCGAUGAACAAGUUUCCCGUACGCGGAGCUCCUCCCCGUGAUCGCAGAUAUGUAGUGAUUUGAGAGAUAUGAACAAUGCUGCAUUUAAAUAGACUCCCUGGCAUUGUGUAUAAUAAUCGCUAUCGUGCUUUAAUAUGCUUGCUGUUGAUCAUAAUAGCAACGUAUUAUCUAGUUCAGUGGGGCAUAAUGUGUACAAACAUAGAGAGCUGGCAACAUGUUGGCAAACUGUGCCAACUAUACAGAAAAGGAGAAGCUACCGGUAAUUUAUGCAAACCUCUGUGCAUAGACAAGCAGAUUCGUUCUCUCAAGUGCCACGCUUUUCAUGCCGGAAAGGAAGCAGUCUUCUCGGCCGACUGGGAGGGAACACGUCUCGUAUUUAAAACCUCGCAAAGGAUAAAGGAUGAAUACACGGAACCGGUAACUUGGCUCAAAACUCGCGGCCUAGAACAUUACCCAAACGAAGACGAAUUUAAGAUGAUGAUUCGCGAUGUUAUCGCUCUGAAAUUAAAUUUGUCAAUAUCAAAUGAUCAGCUGAAAAGGCUCAGUCGUUUAGGCUUCUCCAAACACAAUGAUAUUUCCGAACGGCAUAAUGAAAUGAAAAAUAUUUGGGCUCUGUUACAGGAUAAUGAAUAUCUGUGCUCAGUUUUGUAUGCCGACAGGGAUUUAUUUCCACAACUGAUAGGCACAUGUGGGCCAUUUUUCGCUGUUGAAUAUGUGGAACCCAUUAAAAGUGCACCAACAAUAUUAUCACUGUCUGACAGCCGUGAUGACUGGGCUGGUCGUGUGAAAAUGGCAGUCAUGAUUAUGGACCUACUAGAUGAACUAGAUACAAAUCUGCCUGAGCCUUUUCACUUGUGUGAUGUCAAGGUGAGUCACUUCGGAUUGACAAAGGGUGAACAAAGAGUCAAGUUUUUAGACCUGGACUCCGUUUUGCCACGUUCAGUUGUGGGCCAUAUCACUGGAGGUGGACAGCAAUGUACAAAGCAUGAAGACUGUGAUUACUUCGAUUGCCGUUCCAAGUGUAACCUCAAGAAAUUGCGCUGUGAUGCUCCAGUGGUGAAUAACAAUUUACAGAUAGUGUGUGAAAAAAUUUUUCUGGGAUGGACAUUAUCAAAUACACUUGUUCUACCUGGACUACUAAUGUCAGAACAUACCCCUCCCUCUUUAGCAGCUUUGCUUCGCAUUUGUGCUAAUCCAGAGCAUAAGAAAGAAGGGCUUGCAAGGGCAUCUGCCUCAAGGGAUGUGCAAAGACGACUUUAUGCAACUUUAACUGAAAUGCGAAAUAUUCUUGACAAUGAUUUAUUUGUUUGAAUUUGUUAACUGUUUUCUAAAUACCAUUUCCAUCCUGCUUGUGUAUAUGUGGGCUUAACCUCCUCCCUGUGUAUUGUGUAGACUUUUACUGGAAGAACUGAGCAGCAUUAACAUGUACAUUCCAGUGUCCGAAUGUAAAUGAAACCACAGAGUGCUGCAAAAUGCUGUUAGCUAAUGACCUAGAGCAGUGUGCAUAAAAAUGAAUUAAAAAUGUGUUUUGGUAUUCCUACAUUCUAACCAAUGUUUUUGCAGAAUUGGAGACUGUUCUAAAACUGAUUCAUAAGUGUAAGACAGAUGGAAACACAAGUGUGUACUAGAAAAUAAAUGUUGUAGAUGUGUCUUCAAAUGUUUUACUGCAAGAGAAAUUUCAUGAUAAAUUACUAGAAAAUGUGAUGGGAGUUAUUCGGCUACUAAGGACUGUGGUAUUAAUUUCUGGGCAACAGCAAAGAGCAGUGCAGAAGUUAAGUCUGAGCUUUUGGUAGGCCUAUACGUUUUCAUGGUACCUCUAUUACAGUUAUAGUGUGCAUAACAGAAAGAUUAGCUGUUAGUGUAUUAAAAAUGUAUGUUAUCUGGCUUAGUUAUGAUUUAACAGCUAGAGUACAUGCCUAUUUCUGACAAAAAGGUCCCCAUCCAGCAGACAAAUCAACAUCAAUAUUUUGUUACACCAAGACAGACUGUAGAGACAGAGAUUUAAUCCAGUAUGUUGGCAGAGGAGCCUGAGGACACAGACGAGCCCGAGGACAAAACUCUACCCUCCCGCCAUUUUUAUCCAACUGACCAUGAACCAAGGAUGAAAUUUUUUAUAAUGGUAGAACUUUAAAGGCCUAAUAUUGUUUCAAUGUGCCACUGUGAUUUUGCAACCCCAGUUUCAAGGGCAAGGGAGUAGUCUGAGGUUACAGAAAUGACAUGUGAAAUGAGCUGGUGAGCAAAAGUGUACAGUUGAGAGUAGUAAAUGUGUGAGAACUAGAAAAGAAUGGAAUUAAUUACAGACUGGUGUGGCACACAGCAGGAUGCAAACCUUUUGUAACCAUUACGACAGCUUACUUGCAUGUCAGAUCUCAAGCUACCUUGUGUACAUGUUAAGUAACUGGAGCAUGAGCGAGCGAGUGCAAGUGCAAUGCUCUCUCUCUCUCUCUCUCUCUCUCUCUCUCCUCCCCCCCAAAUAACAUGUAGGUACACACACACACACACACACACACACACACACACACACACACUCUUCUACUACUGUAAUAUGUUGUCACAGUAUUUACUUUCCCCUACCUUUUAGAUCAUUAGUACCCCUGUAGUCUGGUGCUAUGCUAUUGUCAUUUCUCACUUUCAUGCAUGCGGGUUCUUAACUCGUGUAACUUUUUUCAAGAGGUACAGUAUAAUUGCACUUUCACUGUAGCUGCUGAUUUUUGUAUUAACGAAGAUUAAAUCCCUUAUCGUGCAUCAUGAUAUUUUCAGUUGGAACUACACUUUAAGAUAACCUUUUUCAUGCUAUGAUAAUCAUAUGGCAUUAACCUGUCCCCUACCACACCUCUCUUAGUUUUGAGAUGACUCUUACUCAUUCCCGAAGGAUUCUUUCACUCUGCACAGGAAUAUGGGCUGUUUUGAAACUUUGUCAGAUUUAUUUCCUCUGGUCUGGAGGUCAAAAAGUUGUUUUUCCUGUAUCUAUGUAGUUCUUGUUUUAAUCUUCAUGAAACUUGUUACAAGGACCAUUACCUAUUUUUGUAAAAUAAUAGGCUACAAUAAAAUAAUAGGCUACAAUACUAUAUCAAAGUACUUACGUACAGUUGAAGUCAUCUUGAUGUGCAUAUCCAACAUUUUAUGCAAUUGUUUACUUUAAAUUUUUAAUGAACUAAUUAUGUGGAAAGAAUGAUAUAUGUAAGAAUAUUCACUUUUCAACAUUUUUCGAAAUUCUUGACGUUUUAUUUUAAGGGUUCUUCUCUACUACUUAUAAAACAUGAAAUGUAUCAGCGCAGAUAUUUACUGAAUUUUAAUUAUUAUUUCUUCAUAAAGCUUCAUGUUUUCUUAUAAGUUAGAAUAUAUGACAAAGUUGGGAUUGUUUUGUUUCCCAGGUAGCUCUCCUUCAACAUACUUGCUUACUAAUGCAACACGGAGAAAUACAAGACAAUUUCACAGUUAAGAUUGUAGCAACUAAUAAGUCAUAGAGAUUUUUUUUCGGAACAGUUAUGUAUCACAAAGGCUUUCUUGUGCUUUCUAAUAACUGACAAACAUUUUUAGUACAUUGUUUGUUCUAAAAUACAUUGGAAUAUUAAUGUAUUACAUAACACAUUGUUUCAUAUUAUAGCUCAUGUUUGUACCACAUAAAUUUCUAAUUAUAUGAAAUACACUGGGAAAGUUAGCAAAGCCAAGCGCAGUACAAACAUCAAACCAGCGGAAAUAAUUUCAAAGCAGUAUUUAUCAAAGCAUGUAUUACUCUCAGUGAGAUUAUAAAUAGAAAUAAAUUACCUUAAAUUGUUGCUAUCUUAUCCACAGUUAAAUGUAGUUAAAAACCAAUGUCUGCAUAUCCAAAUACUGAAUAGUACAUUAGAAAACUGCAAGACAAAAUAUCAAUAGCAUUACUAAGUUUAGCUUUAUACUAUUGCAGAUAGGAAAUGUACCAAUUUCAUGAUGUUUAUUACCAUACCAGUUUCACUAUAAAUGUGCGCGUGCACACACACACACACACACACACACACACACACACACACACACACCCGCGGGCACGCGCGCGCACAGUCCUAAAGCACCAAACUGCUGAGGUCAUUGGUCCCUAGACUUACACACUGCAUAAACUGACUUACGUUAAGAACAACACAGACACCCAUGCUCGAGGGAAGAUUCGAACCUCCGGCAGGAGGGUGAAAUGGUGCCUCAAACCACAUGGCUACUCUAAGCUGCGAGUUCUCUCUCUCUCUCUCUCUCUCUCUCUCUGUGUGUGUGUGUGUGUGUGUGUGCGCGCCUUUUCUCCUUCUCAAGAAGGCUUUGGCCGAAAGCUAAAUCAUAAUCUUUUCGUUGUACCUGUCUGAAUUCAACAUUUAAUCUUUACAGUUAGUAACAAUCCAUUCUUUUCCUUAUAUUGUUGAUAUUGCCACCUGGAGUUUCCAUUGUAAGAUGGUUUGCCCUACUUGAAAAAAAGGCACAAAACAUUACAUUGGAGCUAUUACAUUUUGAAAUCGUCCUGCUAAUAAAUGUCAUAAAAUUGUAGCUGCAUGGUUGGUUUACUUUUUGUAUGAAAUUGUGUAGCUUUAUCCAUAUUACUAUCUGUGACUACAUGGAAGUGCAGCAUGUGUUACAUUUUGUUGCCAAAAUAAUGCAGUAAUGUAUCUUGUGAUAAAAUGCUGUUACCAAAAUUCUCCUUAAACUAUGCGGAAUGUUACCGAUGUCAUUUGAAAGGUAAAAAAAGACUGUAUCAACAGGUGUCACGUCUGCUGAUACAAACUGGAACACUGUCUUAUUGCUCAUCACAAUCUCACAUUUUUAUAAUACUGUUUCCUAGAGGUUCACAGUUGCAUAUCGAAACAUGUUAUUUGCGUGGUUCAUGGGAUAAAGCCAAAAAUUAUUUUAUACAGAAAUUGCUCCUUAAUGGAAACGAAAAAUUAUUUCUAGUUCCCUGUAGUGUGCCUAAUGCCUCAAACUAGUCAGAUAUCCAGUUCAGGGAUGAUAACUGAGGCUGACGCAAAUAUCUAAGAAGAGUAUUUCCAGCAGCAACUGAGUAGGUUAUGUUUGCUGUUAUGACUUAAGUCUUGUUUCACAGCAGUCAUACAGUCUCUGCUGGUAAUAUUUUUGAGAGGGAGUAUGUGCUGCUAUACACUUGUGAUGGGGCAAGGUUGAUAGAGAAUUAAAAAUCUCUAUCCAGAUAUGUUACCAUAAUGCACAACACAAAGGCCAGAGUGGUUCCUUCACACUACUGCUGCUGUCCAGCCCCCUCCCUCUAGCAAGCUUAUACAUUGUGACUAAUGAUUUUUUAAUUAUGAACAAAGCACUGAAGUUUAUUUAAUCUUCCUUGUGAUGUUACAAAUGUAAUCCUUAACCUGCACAAUUUAAUUGCAUUCAGUUAUACUAAAUAAUUAUGUCUGCUUGAACAUAAUAGAAGUAGAGGAUUAUGAAGUGCUGCAAUUAUUUCAUAUUACUGUCUUUUACCGUGUGAAACCUAAUGGUAUUAACCAAGCUAUUGACUGAAAAUGGAAUUUUUAGAGCUUGCCAAGUCGUGAGGUAUGACUAGUCAGGGCACACACAUGGAUGAUUGAUGGCCUGUAUGUAUUUACUUUGUUAAAUGUUCUUAUGCUGGCCCCUCAGUAUUCAACAAUGUAAAUGACAGACAUUUUGUACAUGCUCCUGUUGAAGUGAAGGAAAAAAAUGGUACUAAUACAUUCUGAGCAAAAUGUACUGCCUAUAUGUAUCAAAUAAAGUACAUUUUAACUAUAACUACAGUGCAUUUUUUCCCCCCUUCAGCCUCAUGAAAUUUAUGCAUAAACAAGGAACUGCGUCAACUGGUAUACCCACAGGCAAUUAUUUCAACUGAUUGCUGUGUCUAAUUUCAUCUGACAAUAAACGGUACAUCAAAUUACAUAAUGUCUUUAU